UGAUCUCUGAAUAUUGCUUACGAAACAAAUGGAGGAGUUCUGUUUUCGCGAAAUGUGUGACUUUUACAAGCCAUACAGGGAGCUUCCUCCCGAUUUCACCAAGUAUUCUGCAUCUUACGAAAGAUCACCGCCUAGUUCCAGGACUUGGUUCAGGAAGCAGGAAGUUGCAGGGUAUAUGUGUGGAGAAAACAUAGCGCCCGCUGCAGGAUCAUUUCUACAGGGGUCCGUGUGCUUUAUUUACCUCUUUUCCAGGUUAAAUGCAAAGCGACGAGAAAGCAAUUACUGAAAUGAAACAAACUUUAAUGACCAAGAAAAGAUCACAAUGGGAUCAGUUUGAAAAUAGCUCCGCAUCUGCCAAUAAAUGGCAGCAGAUUGUCACGUGUUGAAAUACAGCAAGGACGGGUACGGGAAUAGAAAAGUUACAGCAAUUCAAGAAAAUUGUGUUCCGGUUUUGAAAGACUCGACUUGAAGUGGAAACUCAGAAAGGGUGUGCUUGAAGAUGGUCAAUGUGUGAAUGGAGGAGCUGUUACUUGGAAGCAGAAUUUACUUUACAGACAUCAAAGCCAAGAUGACACACCUAGGGGCAGUUGCUAUGUUGACAAGUGCUCUAUUUAUGGCUGGCUGUUGUGCAACACCAAAGAGGAUAGAUACUUCUUUUGUAAAUUGUUCAAGAAUUGGCUAUCCAUUUUCUCCUUGCAUCCUGGGGCCAGAUGUAGAGAUGUUGGACUUGUCUUGUAACAACAUUACAAUAAUUCAACAGCGGAGUUUCCAGAACCUUACCAAGCUGAAAAAUCUUUUUCUUCAAUUCAAUCACAUUACUGUGAUAGAACCUGGGUCAUUUGCAAAAAAUUCAGAACUAAGUGAACAUGAUUCGCCAUGGGUGAAGAACAAAUUGCUGGUACAGUUAGAAAAUAAUGACCCACCAUACCACAUCUGUAUCCAUGAAAGAGAUUUCAAACCUGGAAAGUCAAUAAUUAACAAUAUAAUUGACUGCAUAUCAAAAAGCUACAAAACUAUAUUUAUCCUUUCAAAACAUUUUGUGCAAAGUGAAUGGUGCCACUAUGAAUUCUUCUUUGCACACCAACAGGUAUUUGAUGACAAAAAGGACAGUCUUAUCUUGCUCCUGUUAGAACCUAUUCCAAAGAAUUCCAUCCCAGAUCGAUUCUGCAAACUAAGGAAACUGAUGAACAGAAACACUUACCUGGAAUGGCCUCAGAAUGAGUAUCAACAGAACUUCUUUUGGAAAAGGUUGAAAGCUGUCCUGAGUUUGGAUUUCCAUUCAUGCAGUUCACAAAUAACUCGACAAGAGAUUAUCCAAGGACCUGAUUAGAUCCUUGAACAUCAUAUACAGAGAAACAUGCACAAAACUGGGUAUUGAGGCUACAAAACUAUGUUUCAGUAAAACAUGUUAAUAACUUUA